AAUUUUAUGAUAAAAAUGGUGCGUCAUCGUCAUUCUCAAAGAAGAAAGCACAAACAUAAAAUAGUAUUUGUGAGAUGCGCAAGUAACAGAUCCACCGCCUCGGAGUCCACUGGAGGCAUGCAUCUUAGUAGUUCUACCUCAGCUUUUACGGUGUCGCAGUGGCACGAGCUUGAGCAUCAAGCUCUUAUCUUCAAGUACCUCAAAGCCGGCCUCCCCGUUCCCCCUGAUCUCCUCGACCCGAUUCGUCGGAGCCUUCAGUUGAUCUCUUCAAGUUUGUUCCACCACCCGGCUUUGGGGUAUUAUGGGAAGAAAAUUGAUCCGGAGCCGGGGAGGUGCCGGAGAACUGAUGGCAAGAAGUGGAGGUGCUCCAAAGAUGCACAUCCGGACUCCAAGUAUUGUGAGCGGCACAUGAACCGAAGCCGUUACCGUUCAAGAAAGCCUGUGGAAUCACAAAAUGGGACCACCGCUGCCCAAAAUCCCAUCGCUAAUUCAACCUAUCUCUCACGCUCUCCCUAUUGUAUUACUAAUAAGGACUACAGGUGUGUCCAAGGAAUGAAGCCUGAAGUAGAUGAUGGUGUCUUUCCAAUGGCAUCAGAGAGUGUGAGGAGUUUUGGGAUAAAUUCUUCUGUAGAUGGUGCAUGGCAUCUUACAGCAUGUGAAAUUCCCUCAAACCGUUUAUCAGAUCAGAGAAAUGGUGCAUUUCUUCAAACAAGCAGCUCCACUGUGCAGAUGCUACAAGAUUUUGAACCAAUUACUACUGAAGCAGCAAUAUCAAAACAACAGCAACAUUAUCUAUUUGGCAGGGGGUUUGGCUCACCAAGGUCUGUCAAACCAGAGAAUCAAUCCCUUCAGUCUCUUCCAAACGAGUUGCCUAAAACCAUAGAUUUCGGUUACUAUCUGGAUGAUCAGAGAGCUAAUAAGAAUUCAUUAUCCGCAACUCAGCUAUCAAUGUCUGUCCCAGUGGCUUCUUCUGAAUUCUUUCCAAGGCCUACUCAAUCUUCAAAGGAUACCUCUAUGGAAAAGUUUCUGAGCUAGAGAUGUAAUGGGUUCGUUAGAAGACUGGUCUAGUUUAUUGUCUUUGUAUCAUCAUGUUUGAGUUCCCACUUUUGCUGCAUUAGCAGCUUGUGUACUAGUAAGUUGUACGAUUUUACUUUUCUGUGGCACCUAGCUGAAUUAUCUUCCAACUUAAAAGUGUGCACUUAAGUUUACUAUCUGGAAUAAAUGUGCUAUGAAUUCACGGAGUC